AUGAGGUUCCGUAUGGGCCAAGUGCAGUGGGUCCACUUUGCCCUAGCAACGCCCGUCCAGUUUAUCUGUGGACGAGGAUUUUACCGCUCGAGCUACUAUGCGUUGAAGAAGCGACGGGCAACGAUGGACGUUUUGGUCGCCCUCUCCACCUCCAUUGCAUAUUUUUCCAGCGUGGUCGUAGUUUUGAGCGGCCAAGGAUUGAGCGGUGACAUGUCUCUGGGUCACGCGGCCAUGUUCAAUGUCUCGGCGAUGAUUAUCACAAUGGUAUUGGCUGGCAAAUGGCUCGAAGCAACCGCCAAGCGGAGAGCAGCAGCUGGAGUGGCCGCGUUGUCAGCCCUCUCACCUGACAAUGCAAUUUUAUACGACGUGCGGGAGGGUGUCUCCUGUCACACGGAAGUGCCUGUGAGUGUCAUCAAUGUCGGUGACAUUGUUCGCCUCUUUCCAGGGGAUCGCGUGUCCACCGAUGGUCAAGUCAUUGACGGAAUGUCUGCAGUUGACGAAUCCAUGCUCACGGGAGAAAGCAACCCCGUGCCGAAGAGAAAGGGCGACUUUGUCUAUGGCGGCACUGUCAACGGAGGUGGAUCCAUGCUGGUCCGCACAUCCGCCGUGGGUGAGGAAGCCGUCCUGUCUCAGAUCGUCAAAUUGGUGAAUGACGCACAAACUUCAAGAGCACCGAUCGAGGCAUUUGCCGACCGCGUCUCUGCAGUCUUUGUACCCACCGUCGUCACCAUAUCUCUCCUCGUGUUUGUAGGAUGGUACAGCGCCGCAGUAUUUAACUGGAUUCCCAGGGAAUGGUGGGCUGCUGAGGGGCGCUUCUUUUUCGCCCUCUUAUUCGCUCUGGAGACUAUGGUUAUCGCUUGCCCAUGCGCGCUCGGGCUGGCCACGCCAACAGCCGUGAUGGUUUCGUCGGAAGUUGGAACGCGCAUGGGCGUACUUUUCAGAGGUGGCGGUGCAGCCUUGGAAGCGGCCAAAGGCGUCAAGACGGUACUAUUCGACAAGACGGGAACUCUCACAAUGGGCAAGCCCGAGGUUGCCGCCGUGCUUGUUGGGGAAGAAGGCGCAAACGCUGUGGAACAGGCAUCCGUUAUUCUCUCUGACUUGAUCUACGCCGUAGAAUCUGAAUCGCAUCACCCCUUGGCUUCCGCCAUCACAAGUUAUUUAAGGGGUAAGAGCGGUGAACAAGUGAGUGCCGGCAGCUUCGCAUACAAAAUUUCUGAGCUUGAAGAGUUGCCUGGGCGCGGGGUUAAGGCGGUUGUGAACAAAGGAGAGUAUUCUGUCCGAGUUGGAUCUCGGGCCUGGGCAUUUGGUGAGAAGGGUGAUCUGGAAAGACAACUGUUGACGGCAUCAGAGCUUGCACAGAUUGACAGGAUGGAGCGUGAGGAUGGGCUUACUGUGGUUGCGGCGGUUGUGAACAGCUCCCUAGUUGCAAUCUACGGUUUGGAGGACACUGUCCGACCGGAAGCGGAGGCUGUUGUGUCAUACCUCAAGUCUGAGCUUUCAGUCGCGUGCCACAUCGUCACCGGAGACUCCGAGGAGACAGGACGUGCAAUAGCGCGUAGAGUUGGAAUCCCAACAAACAAUCUGCGGUCGAGAGCAAUGCCAUGGACAAAGAUUGAUGUGGUCAAAUCGCUUCCGGAGGGAAGUGGAUGUUUUGUGGGUGAUGGCAUCAAUGAUGCACCGGCAUUGGCGGCAUCAUCUCUAGGGAUCGCGAUUGGCGCAGGGGCACCCGUAGCCGCCGAGAGCGCGGCUGUGGUUCUCGUGAGGUCCGACCUGCGUGGUGUGGUGAAUGCACUUGCAUUGGCACGGGCUACGUUCAGACGGGUCCGCAUCAACUUCGUGUGGGCAAUAGGGUACAACAUUUUAGGAAUUCCUUUGGCUGCCGGCGUCUUGUACCCGUUCUUCCAAAUACGUGUACCACCGCUUGUGGCGUCUGGAGCGAUGGCUCUAUCCUCAACAUGCGUGGUUCUGUCAUCGCUGGCGCUCCAAUGGUUUAAACCGCCAAAUCUCGACACGGCUCCGAGGUCAAACGGUGCAGAAAUGUAUGGGAUUAGCACGCGACGGGAAGCAUUCACCAUUUGGGAGGAGGCAGAUGAAGGAAGCGAUUUAGUGGCUGCGAGCAGCGCCGGGUCAGACGCAUCGUGGCGAGCUGUCGAAACCCCACUGCUUGAUGGAGAGAUGGCGGUCUAGUGUCUAGACGACAAGCGAUUUGACCUCAUAUGAGGUCAGUCAUGGCCUCAUAUGAGGCCAGUUGUUUUUUGCAAAAAUAUAUAUAAAUUAAAUCGAAACUUUAAAAA